GGGAAGGCGGUCCGAGGGCGGCAGGGAGGAGGCCGGGGUCCACUUUCGCUUUGGCCCCGAUGCCUCGGCCUUCCCUGCCUGCGCGGCGUGGCCAGGUCCCGGGCGGGCCCGGCGAGGCUCCUCCGAAGGCGCUGCGGGCCAAGAUCGUGAUGGCCGGCGAGUCCUGCGUGGGCAAGACCUCCAUCCUCCAGCGCUACACCGAGCGCGGCCCCACCGCCUCCUACAUCGCCACCGUCGGCAUUGAUUUCAAAGUGAAAACUAUUUCAUUGAAUGAUACAACUAUUCAACUUCAAAUAUGGGACACUGCUGGUCAGGAACGAUUCCAUACUUUUACUACUAGUUUUUUCCGUGGAGCUCAUGGAUUUGUUCUUGUCUAUGAUGUCACUAGUACAGAGAGUUUUCAAGGAAUUGCACAUUGGAUGAAAGAUAUAUAUGAGAAAACCGAAGAAACUGUAGAUAUAAUACUGUUGGGUAACAAGUGUGAUAAGGAGAUGGAACGUGUAAUCCCCAAAAACAGAGGGGAGAAGCUUGCUUGGGAGUAUGGGAUACCCUUUUUUGAGACCAGUGCAAAGGAUAAUAUAAACAUUGACGAUGCCUUUUUGGUACUAGCUGAAGAAAUACUGAACAAGAAUUCCUGUGUACUACUUGACUUAGACGUGGUGGACCUACAUGAAAAAGCAAGGAAGAAAGCUUGCUGCAGACUUUGACUGGCAACUGUAUUUGUGUUAUUUGUUUUGCCCUUAACAAGUCUGAACUAUAAAGAGAGGGGGGGGGGGAGAAAGAGGUAUAUAAGGGAUGGGCAAAGUGUAGUCCUCCAGUAGCCCUACUAUUGGCUGUAAUUCACAGCAUUCACUUGACAUUGGCUAUGCUUCCUAGGGCUCUGAGGUAUUGCAAUCCAACAACAUCUGGAGAGCUACACUUUGCCUACCUAUGGCCUAAAUCCAGUUGUUAGUCAUAACUAGGCUCAUUGGAGCCUAUGUAAGUAUUAACAAGUCCCUGUUGAUUUCACUAGAUAUACUCUAGUUGGAACCAGCAAUAGGAUUUAGGUCAGCGUAUCUAUUAAGCAAGUGGCAUUUUAUCUAAUUGCCUUGUGUAAAAUACAUAAACUUAUGAUUUGCCCUUCAGGUUAUGACUAAAGUCUAUUCAGUUGCAAGCAAAAGAAAUACAUCCAGUCUCUGUGAAACUGUUAGCUUCCAGUGGGCCAUUUAUACCGUAAGCUCUUGUGAGGGAAAUAUGAACUUAGUGGUGCUACAUGCAUCUGAAAAUAGUUCAUGUAAUAGUAUACUGGGCAAUUUAUGACAUUACAAACAGCAAAUGUAGCCUUUGCCAAAAUAGCUCACAAUCCAAGAACAAUGUAGAUAGAUAUGGAUAGAAGAGAAGAAUGGGAAACUGCCCAUUCAAGUCUCAACAGCUAUUACAGAGAACAUUUUUUGAAAUGGAAUCUUUUAAUAAUUUAAUCAAAAGCCGUUUUAAAGGUUGUAUAUAACUUAUUUUGGUCUCAUGGCAGGAGUCAGCUAUACACGGAGCAGUCUUCCUUAGAGUGUACUAUUUCCAAAUGCAAGCGAGCAAUAUUGUUUUUAUACCUUCUUGUUUAGGAAUCAGCAGAACAGGGAGACAUCUAGGACAGGGAGAGCCCCUUCAUUUGGUGUGCUAGGCAUAACUCCAUUUCCCAAGUAGAGUACAUACUGUAGCCAUCUUUGACUAUCUGAAGAGUUGUCAUGGGAAAAAAUGAAGCAAGCAUGCUUCUGCUAUUUCAGAGAAUAGGUCCUAAACCAAUAAAUACAUUGAAAUAAUAAGAA